AUGCCGUUCAACACAGCUCUCACCAGGAAGCUGGGGAUCAGAAUCCCUGUUGUACAGGGUGGCAUGCAAUGGGUGGGAUAUGCAGAGCUCGCUGCGGCGGUCAGCAAUGCUGGUGGUCUUGGAAUUCUCACAGCUCUCACGCAACCCACCCCCGAAGAUCUCCGGAAAGAGAUUCGCAAGUGUCGCUCGAUGACCAACAAGCCUUUUGGAGUUAAUCUGACCCUCCUUCCCGCCCUUGUACCGCCCGACUACGGAGCAUACGCGCAGGUCAUUAUCGACGAAGGGGUCCGCAUCGUCGAAACGGCCGGGAAUAACCCGGGCCCCGUGAUCGAGAAGCUCAAAAAGGCCAACACGAUCAUUCUACACAAGUGUACUACGAUCCGGCACGCCAAGGCGGCGGCCAGGCUGGGGGUCGAUUUCCUGUCAAUCGAUGGCUUUGAAUGCGCCGGUCACGUGGGAGAGCACGACAUUACCAACUUCAUCCUGCUCAGCCGUGCCAGACAAGAACUCAAGGUCCCCUUCAUCGCGUCUGGUGGAUUCGCCGAUGGCCAGGGAUUGGCGGCAGCGCUGGCCCUGGGCGCGGAGGGUAUCAACAUGGGGACCCGUUUCAUGUGCACCGUCGAAGCGCCUAUUCACCAGAACGUGAAGGAAGCCAUCGUCAAGGCGCAGGAAACCGACACCGCGCUGGUACUGCGCCGGUGGAAGAACACGACCCGACUGUAUGGCAACAAAGUUGCCCUGGACGCACUGAAGAUCGAGAAGGAAAGUCAGACGGGCGACUUCAAGGAGGUUGCGCCGUAUGUCAGUGGCCAGCGAGGUCGGCAGGUGUUUCUGAAUGGAGACAUUAACUAUGGAGUACGUUUCCAGCAACGAUUAAUCCCUCCGAUGAAUAUGGACGUAGCUGACAGUUAUCCAACGCAGGUCUGGACUGCCGGUCAAGUGAUCGGCCUCAUUCAUGACAUCCCGACGUGUGAAGAGUUGCUCUCUCGGAUCGAGAAGGAAGCGGUCGAAGCCUUGGACAAGUCGAGAUCUCUGUACACCGACACGCCGGUUCAGAGCAAGCUUUGA